AGGCGCCAUCUUUGUUUGUGUGGUUCAUGUUGGCUCUCUUCUUUUCCUCAUAGAAUGGCAUCUAGAAAAGUCGUACGCGUUGUAGUUGGCCUGGCAGCUGGAACAUUACUUACUGUUAAGGCAUUUCCACACAUUUAUCCACACGAAUACGUUAAGAGGCUUAUGGAACUCAAAGUGAACUCGACAGAAAUGCAGGUCCCAGCUCGUUGCAGAGAACAGCUCGAAAGGAUUGCUCCCAAAAUUGGGGUCAAUCAGAGUGAAAAGAUCACAUUUUUCGUGUCCAAGUCUCUGUUUCCCAUGUCUGCUGGAGCAACGUGGCUUCCCAACGGUGCUGUAAUUGGAGUGCCUUUGUCUUUCUUUUUCAAGCAAGAACAAGAUAUUGCAAGGUUCAGACAAAUCACCAAUAUGAACAGUGGUAAGGGACCUCUUUAUUUAGAAGGCAAGAUCGGUGCUAAAUUGAAAGACACACUUAUCAUGUCUGAUGAUAACGUGGCAUUCCUCAUUGGUCAUGAGCUGAGUCAUAUAAAGUGCGUGGAUUUAGCACCGCAAAUUUUAUUAGCGCCUUCCUGGUUCUAUGUGACAUUUGAAAUUGCCAACUCGUCCCGAAGAGUCAUUCCUAGAGCUUCAGUCUUUGUAGAUGGCAUUAUUAAAAUCUCUGUGUGUUUCCUCAGUUAUCUUUGUUAUUGGAAGGCACAACGAUAUCUAAAUCAUUAUCAAGAAUUCAAAGCAGAUGAGAUGUGUGCGAGAAGUGACCUGAAUGUAGCUGAGGGUGGAGCCGACUGGAUGUUAAAAACAAUGAACUUUAACUCCUUCAUGAGAUUGUUGCAUGAAAGGGGUACAACAAGGCCACAGUCUCCUCAAAGGAAGACUUCAGAAGGCUACACUCAUCCAAAGUUACUGGACAGGUUAAGAAAAGUGGAAGUUAUUGUGGAUCAGAUGAUGAAAGGUGCUUUAUGUUAA